AUGGGUCUUUCAUCUCGCGUAUUUGCGGGCGCUCCGGAGACGAGACCUGCUGAGUCAUCUACUCAGCGCCUUGGCAGACCCGCUGCUUGCGACAGCGCGACGACGAUGCUUGAGCCUCUCCAUCUCCUUGGUUUCCCUUCCGCCCUCUUCCUUCCGACUCGUAUCUGUCAAAGAAGCUUGGCUUCAAAGAAACUCUCCCCUUUGUACCCGUUCCGAUACUCAGUCUUCGUCGUUGAACACCCUACCUAUAUCCCGACGACCGGUUAUAUUAGCAGGAAGAGCUCCUUAGGCCUAAAUACUUGCCAAAAUGGAUCUUUCUAACAUCUUUCGAAUUGUUAACAUCGCCGUUGGCGUGUUGAUGGUUCUCGGUGGUAUCUCGCAAUUUUUCCCUGCGUCUAUGAGCUCCAUCAUCGUCGGCAUUUACGUGAUUCUCUUUGGUCUCAUUGUCGGUGGGUUGGAAUUCCUGCCCAACGUUCCCGACUACGUUUACCGCUACGCGUCCUUCCUUUUCUCUUUCCUGGGACGUGGUGCUUUCUACAUCUUCGUUGGAUGUAUCCUGCUGCACGACUGGGUUUUGCGGUACAUUGCCGGCUCCAUCAUCGGAUUCAUCGGCCUGGGCUACCUGGCCCUGGAGUUCAUUCCCUCCAUCGAGCCCCCUUCCAACAUGCGUGAAAACGACCAGGGCUGGGGCGCCGAGCAGGUCUAA